AUGCAUCCUGCAGAUAUUGCAGGUGCGCAGCGAAAACUCGAGGUAGAGAAGGCUAAAGCGGAAGGUACGUACAAACGCGAUAUUAUUCGAGCAAGAGCUCCAAAAACAAAUGAAGAUAUCCUCAAACAGAAACGUAAGAAAGUAGAAGAAGAUGAAGCCAACGAAGAGUCGCCUACCUCUUCUGAGUCGGACGAAGAAAUUGAAAUCGAUGAUCGAGUUGGGAAAGAUGAACUGUUCGAUCUGCUCAAGCGAAGGAAAGAAGACGAUGAUGAGUCUGAAAGCGAGGAGCCCGACUUUUCAGAAGAUGAAGAGGACGAAGACCAGGUCGACGAUGAAGUUAUCGAGGCGGAGAACACGUGGCAUACACAUUUGAACACAGAUCUCACUGGAAAGCAGAUAGAAUCAGUGUCCAACAAGAAGUCCUACGACACCAAGAAAAUUUCCCUCAACGUGUACAAACAUACAACCCUGAAAGCACCACGAAAUAUAGAUCUCCCGGAUGUAAAAUGCUUCGAUGAUCCUAGUACGCUGCACAUUCGAGAUCGUAUUCAACGCAAUAUGAGGAAAAUGGAUGAUCGAGAGAGAGAUCUAUUUUCUCUUUUCAUCAAUACAAAGAUGUAUACUGCCCCGCUACCAGUCGAAAAGUUCUAUCUCCUUACGUUUUGCACGUCCUGA